GUCGACGCAUUCUAAGCAAUAGAUUGCACACAUAGAUAUUAACGUAUCUCGAGUCAGGAAACGAGCGUGCAACAGAAGUUCCAAGCAUUGUAUCCGACAAGGCGUUCUCUUGCCACACAAUCCGCUCGGCAGCGCAAUUCUGUCCCCACAAGUGAAACCGUGCUAGGUUAUCACCGACUAAGCAAGCGGCGACCGGUCGACAGCAACGCAGCGGAAGCUUCUUGCUGAGAGAGCUGGGAACUAGCAGCAGCUUACAGCAGUCGUUCACGCGUGCGCCCCACCAUGCCGGCCGUGCUGUGCGACUCCAUGCCCUCCACCGCCUUCGUUAGCGGUGCUAGCAGCUUGGUUGGCGCGGAGCAGAGGUUUUGGUCCGCUAUCCCGGACGACCGCAGCGAUAUUAGCGAGGAGGAGGAGUUGGACCAGGACUUUGAGCAGGUCAUUGCGCCCACCUGCAGCCAGGUGCUGCAGAGGACGUCAGAGCUGUGCAAGGGCGCUAGCGACGGCGCCGGCGAGGCGACCGUGCGGGAUGUGCGCCUGCUCCUUCGGGAUUUGGUCACGUGCGUCAAGUCGCAGACUGGGCUGCAGCAGCGGAAAACGCCCUCUUGCUCCAGUCGGCAGCAUGGGGACGUUAAGGCGGCCGAGCUGUCAACGGCGCUGGCGCAGCUGUUGGCGUGGUUCUUCGAGCGGUGCGGCUCACAGGAGGACGGGUCAGCGGUGGGUGCGGCCACGGUGCGGCGGUUGCAGCAGCGGGUAGAACGCAUCUUGCGUCUGCUCCAGACCAGUGCGGGCAUCGAGCCGGUACAAGGGCAGCAGCACGAACAGGAUGUCGAUGGCGUUCCGGCGUUUGGCUUCUCCAACGGCCGCUCCCGCAGCAGCACGCCGUCCUUCUCCAUGUGGUCGGCGCCGGCGCCGCUGCAGCACCUGAGCAGUCCGCCCAGCAGCCGGAGUGCCGGCGGGACCGAGUCGGAGGGCAGUACCUGGACGACCGAGGUCAAGGGCGCCGCGGCUCUGACGCUGGCGCUGCCACCGCUGCCAUCGCCAAGCCUGGUGGCGGCGGCCGCCAGCAUGGCGUCUGCUACCGGCCCGCACGGCUCACCGCGCUCCGGGCACCUGCCGCUGUGGAUGCGUGGCUCCAAGGGCGCGUCAGUGAUGCUGACGGAGUGCGAUACGGAUGCCGCGAUUGCGGCCGUGCCGGCAGAGCACCAGGAGCAGUUCCUGCAGCGCGUGCAGGAGCAGCGUCAGCAGCUGCGGGCAUGCCUGGCACAGCAGCAGGAUUCGUACUACCAGCACAGCACUUCCGACACGGCACAGCACGCGGCGAGCAAGGGCGCAGCGCGGCCACUGCCGCUGCCCCUGCUGGAGGGCGAGGACGAGGCGGGGGUGGAGGAGGUGGAGGUGGGCGAGAUGCCGUUGUUCCCUACCCAGGCGCACGACCUCGCCACUGGGGAGCCCCUCGCCAACAUCAUUCCGGCUUGGCCGGCAACUGGGCCCGGUGCGUUCUUCUUCCGGGUUCGUGGCGAGGCGGAGGGCGGCAGGCCGCCUGUGGCGAGGUCCCCCAUGGCUGCGGGCGCUGGCCGCCGUGCUCCUCCACCUCCCCCUGGUUUCUUGACUUUCUGGCGCCGCCCGGUUCGCGAGCAGGAGCCGUAAGUCCAAUGUAUGAAGCAUAACAAGCCUCGGAGCUCGCCAGCAUGGCUGGGCGAGGAGCCGACUGCUGGUCUUGAGGGACGUGCAGUGCACGGUUUCCAAAAUGCAAGGCUAAGGCUGCAGGAGUGCAUGGCACGCGUAGCACGGUGGCAUGGAGCCGUGAACUGCAGCUGAAAUUGAACUACAUGGCUGGGCGAUGCUCUUGAUAUUGCGAUGCGCACUUGUUUACAUGCAUAAAAGCAUUGCUGGGUAUUGUCACGUAGCUGCGGCAUGCAGCAGUUGUGGGCACUGACACUAGUAAUCCACCGCGGUUGUGGGCACGAUGACAAAUGACGCCAGAGCGCUGAGUGUGUUGGCGUACAUGUAGGCGCACACCAUGACACUUACCGAAGUACAGGACGGCGGAUGCGGCCGCAAUUACAGUUUUGCCCAGCAGCACACUGAGUUGUAGCCCAUAGUAAGAGCCGCAAAUGCGGCGUGUGGGGUACACGUGGUAACACAGCUUAGACUGAUUGGGCUAUGCUAGGGCGGUUGCUGUAGACGGCAGUGCCGGAUUAAGUGCCUUGUGCGAUGACGGUUUCUGGCUGGUAAUGCGCUGCAGUAUACGCAGUAUACGCGUGGGCCAGGCAUAGCAAGCUUGCAGCGAUUUCUGCGAAAUCGGUCAUCAUGUGAGCAAGGCUGCAAGCGGUAAUCCCCAUGUGGGAUACGGUAUGCAGACGUGUUGUACCCAGUCCCCACGCCGCCAUCCUGCGUUUCUGCCAGUUGCAUUUACUUGGGUCUUGGCUGUUGCACGGCAUGGAAAACAUGGGUUAACACACUAUAGGCCGCUGAUGUUGACAGGAGACUGCUUUCAGUAUCAAGCAGGAUGUGCUGUUGCAUCUGAUGCAUACUAGCACGUCUAGCAGGCUUUCGCCAAUGCCCUAGCAGCCGGCCGCGCAACAGUUGUAGCAGGAGUGAUACGGUACGCAAGCCCCGCAGGAGCUCACCUGCUGUGCGGAAGGAAGCGGCGGGAGGCGGGAAUCAAGGCUGUUAAAGAGGAACGCGAGUCCUGGCAUAGGUGCUGAACGCAUAGGCUCUGCCCCGUCUCGAAUAGUCUGGAAUCUGGAUCCGCUAUGCCCAACCUAGACAGACUGGAUAGAACACAGAGCGCCAGCGUUUAGAGGCUAUCAACCGGUGUACGAUACGAUAAGGUCCCAUUCUGAGGACACGCGACACUAAUCGUGGGCUCCGCCCACAACAGUGCUUGAUGUCAGGCGAA